AAGACUGGCCGCGGAUUGCUCCAGGUAACUGAUGUUUCUGUCUGCUAGACUAGAGAAUACACUCACCAUUUUGUGGCUACAGUGUAUGACUAAUUGCUGAUGACCUCAGAGAUGUCCAGUGACUUGUAUGUGCUAUUCAUACAAAUUUUAGUGGCCAAAAUGAUGUCUGGAAAAAGCGAGCCCAUGAGGCAUAUUGAUCUUGGGUCUCCUCCUCCUCUGGAACAACGAGUGGCUGGUCAUUGGUUCCCUGUCCCUCCCCCGCAAGUCUACUCCUGCACUCUGACCCCAGAGCUGGUGGCCAAGGCCCGGGAGGAGCUACAGGAGAAGCCAGAGUGGAGGCUGAGAGACGUGCAGGCCCUAAGGGACAUGGUGCAGAAGGAGCAGCCUAACCUCCGGACCAGGCUGGACGAUGCCUUCCUCCUGCGCUUCCUACGGGCCAGGAAGUUUGACUAUGACCGUGCCAUGCAGCUGCUCCUCAACUACCACACCAGCCGGCGGGCCUGGCCCGAGGUCUUCCAGGACCUGAAGCCCACCAUGGUCAAACAUGUGUUAGACCUGGGCUUCCUGACUGUUCUGCCCCAUCCAGACCCUAAUGGACGGUUCAUCCUCUGUCUCAGACCUGGAAAAUGGAAAGCAAAUGACUAUCCAUUUGAGGACAACAUCCGGGCCAUUUACCUGACUCUGGAAAAGCUGAUUCAGCCAGAGGAGACUCAGGUGAAUGGGAUCGUCAUCUUAGCAGACUACACUGGGGUGGGCUUGGCCCAGGCAUCCAAUCCGGGCCCGUUCCUGGCCAAGAAGGUUGUCAGCAUCCUUCAGGAUAGCUUUCCAAUAAGAAUCAAGGCUGUUAACAUCAUAAAUGAGCCCCGGAUUUUCAAAGGGAUCUUUGCAAUAAUUAAGCCUUUUCUGAAGGAGAAGAUGGCAGAGAGGUACGUUCUCCACGGGUCAGACUUGCGCUCUCUGCACUGCAACAUCCCUCGAUCCGUCCUGCCAGAGGAGUAUGGUGGUGUGGCCGGACACCUCGACAUGUCAGCCUGGUCAAAGACAUUACUGGACUCUGAGGAGGAGUUUAUAGUGGAGUUCUGCCAGCCAGAUCCUCUAGAGGGCGUAGUCCUCCCAGACUCCAUGCUGUUUGAAGGGGAGCAGCCUGGUGGUGGUGCCCAGGAUGAUGACACUUUCAGGGGGCUACGCUCUCAGCUCUACUACUGUUACUGAUAAUGACCACCACCACCUCUCUCUCUCUACUGUGAGGACACUAGUCUGGUCCCAGAUGUGUUUGUGCUGUCUUGCCAACUGUCUAUGGUCAUUGAUGCGACAUUGACCAUAGGAGUUGGUAAAACAGCACAACUAGAUCUGGGACCAGACAAUGAGGACACUACUGUUUAUUUUUCUCACUAAUUUUUCUUUUGACCAAUCACAUCAGAUCUUUUCACAUCAGAUCUUUUUUAGAACUGAUCGGUCAAAAUACCAAUUAGUGAAAAACAAUCAGAAUAAGCCUGCCUGUAUAAACGCAGCCAAUGUUAUUUAGUAGAAAUCACUACAGGAAGGGCCCAUGUUCAAAAAGCGUCUCAGAGUAGGAGUGCUGAUAGAGCUCAAAAUGAAUACUCUGAGAUGCUUAGGAAUACAGGGCCUACUACACUCCACAUGGCCAAGCAUAAGGCAGCUUUAGGUUCUGGUAAGGAGGCUUUACAGGAGCUGCAAAUGCAUGUUUCCUUAUUUAGUAGUGAUCCGUGUGUCUCUCUCGGUUUUAAACGGCUGUGAUUUCCAUUGUUAGAUUUAUUACCCAUAGAGGAAGACUUUCAACUGUGCCAAUUUGAUUUCCAUUGUUAGAUUUAUUUCCCAUAGAGGAAGACUUUCAACUGUGCCAAUUUGAUUUCCAUUGUUAGAUUUAUUUCCCAUAGAGGAAGACUUUCAACUGUGCCAAUUUGAUUUCCAUUGUUAGAUUUAUUUCCCAUAGAGGAAGACUUUCAACUGUGCCAAUUUGAUUUCCAUUGUUAGAUUUAUUUCCCAUAGAGAAAGACUUUCAACUGUGCCAAUUUGAUUUCCAUUGUUAGAUUUAUUUCCCAUAGAGGAAGACUUUCAACUGUGCCAAUUUGAUUUCCAUUGUUAGAUUUAUUUCCCAUAGAUGAAGAAGUUCAACUGUGCCCAUUUGAUUUCCAUUGUUAGAUUUUUUACUAUAGAGGAAGACUUUCAACUGUGCCCAUUUGAUUUCCAUUGUUAGAUUUUUUCCUAUAGAGGAAGACGUUCAACUGUGCCCAUUUGAAAUGCCACUCACUUCCACUUUCUCCUUAAUUUCUUAGAAUAAACGUACUGAGGCUCUUCAUCUGCAUGGUGAUAUUCAAACACCAUGUAGUUACAGGACA